AUGUACAAAUGGGGCCCGGUGCAGGCGCCCCAUAAGGCCCUGGUCUCGUUAAACAUACGGGCCUGUCCAUGGCUCGAUGGCGCGAACAAUGGAUCGACCAGGGCAAGCAGAGCAAGCGGCAAACGGCGAGAGGCGUGGUAUUCAGGCUGCUCGUGCUUCGUUGCGAGGCCUCAACAGGCAGAGCAUGCUGGUCAGGGACUAGGUCUCGUCUACAAUGCAAUACUGCAGCCGCGAAUUGCGAAAGGGGACCGCCAGAUGGCCGAUGCAAAUGCCGCAGAGCUGGGGAGAGAAAGCAGAGGAUCCGGACGGAGUGGAAAUAGCAGUGGGAACGGAAAUCCAAAUCCAAAUCCAAACCCACGUUCAAGUCCAAAGUCCAAGUCCAAGUGA